CAAACAUGGCUCCCGAUUCGCUUCCAGUCAGUACUACUCCGACGAGUUGGUUACAGUCUACCCGCUGACACGCAUCUCUUCACAGCAGCAGGAGGAACAGACCCGCAUCUUUCAUCAACCUGGGCUCAUUUUAGGACCCAACAUGUAAAAGAUUCUUAAUGCUGAAGUUUGAAGCGAUUAUUCGCUGUUAGCUCAACGCUAGCUGGCGAGUUCAGCGGAACUGUCACUGGCAUGCGUAGGACGCCAUUAAAUGUGCACUCGUGGUUAAAGACAACCACCGCCGCCUAUAUGUCAUUAUAGCUUGACAUUUUGCUGCUGUGAGCACGUCGCAAUGGAUUGGCUGGCACGUGCGGUGGAAAAAGACCUGGGGAUUGACCGACGGCAAAUGGGUGCCGGUCCGCGUGCCCAGGAACUUAUCGCUCUGGUCCCCACGCGCUGGCUGUCAGCCCUGCGGGAGAAGAAGCUUGUGCGCUUUGUCCGAUGGGAAAGCAUCAGUGAAAUGGAAAUCCGUACAUACCUCCAGUGCUCCCAGGCUAAGUUGCCGCCUGGGCUGACACGGGUGUGUGUGCAGGGUUUAAGAAAAAGCAAGCUUGGCUACAGGCUAGUCCGAGACCCAUGUCUUCAACCAAAUGACUCAACAACAACGGAAUCCUACGUUAGCACCAUGCAGCAUGUGUCACUGCAUAAUGUCAGGAAUCUGUGGCGUGAAGCCUACUCCAGACUUGUGCGGCCAUAUGCCGGAGCUAGUGAGCAGAUGCACCUUGCUGCCGUGGAUGCAGUUCGCCAUGCGCUCCAAAAGCUCUUCAACACCUCAUUCAUCUCUUGUGAGAAGCUUUCACCAUCUCCCUCCCCAGCUAGAGAGAGAGAACAUUUCUCUCCUUCGGCCGCGUUUGCUUUUACCAAGCCAAACCAGGACCAUUUAUGUCCAAAUGUUCUCCCAGCAGAGUGUCUGCUGGAGACUGCGGAGAUGCUAUAUGUGGUUCUUCCUUACACGCAGUAUUCACUCCAUGACAUUGUCUCCUUCAGUCCAGCUAAGCUUGCCAACAGUCAUGCCAAAGUGUUGUUUAUAAUCUACCAGUUGCUAACAGCCAUCCAGGCGUGCCAUGCCUCAGGUCUGUCCUGUGGGGACCUAUCCCUGUCGGACAUAGCGGUGGACGAGCAGCUCUGUAGCUGUCUUAAACUCAACCUCGCCCAUUAUGAGGAUCUGGGGGCUCCGAGCAGCGACUGUACCGCAAGUCAGGCACCAGAAAGCAUCUCGACAAGAGUUGCCUUUUGUUCAAGCCCAGAGAACAAAAUGUUUUGCAAUGACUGCUUUCAUGAGCUCAAAACUUUAGUCCUUGACUGGGUUCAUGGACGGGUAAGCAACUUUUGUUAUUUGAUGGAGCUAAACAGGUUAGCGGGGCGACGAGAAGGCGACCCAAAUUACCAUCCGGUGCUGCCAUGGGUGGUGGAUUUCACAGUGCCAUUUGGAAAAUUCCGGGACCUCCGAAGGUCCAAGUUCAGACUUAACAAGGGGGAUAAACAGCUCGACUUCACUUAUGAGAUGACCAAAGAGGCGUUGGCGGCAGUAGGCAGUGGUAUAGGGGGAGUUGGUGUUGGGGGGGACUUGAGUGGGUCAGUCAGUGCCAGUGGGGCCGGACAGCCAGACCACCUCCAUGUACCUCAUCACAUAUCCGACGUUCUGUCAGACAUUACGUACUACGUCUACAAAGCCCGACAGACACCCAAAUCGGUGCUGUGCAGCCACGUGAGGUCCCAGUGGGAGCCUAACGAAUACCCCUCCAGUAUGGAACGAAUGCAGAGCUGGACCCCCGAUGAGUGUAUCCCUGAGUUUUAUACAGAUCCCUCUAUUUUCCGCUCAAUACACCCUGACAUGCCAGACCUGGAUGUGCCACCCUGGUGCAAGUCCUGUGAGGAGUUUAUUGAGGUCCAUCAACGUCUCCUGGAGAGCAGGGAGGUGUCUCAGAAUCUACACCACUGGAUUGACCUUAAUUUUGGCUUCAAACUUUCUGGCAAAGAUGCAGUCAAAGCCAAGAAUGUAUGCUUGCACCUUGUGGAUAACCACACCCAUCUGACCACUUAUGGUGUGGUCCAAUUGUUUGACCAGCCCCACCCACCUCGUUUAUCCCCUUCCCAGUAUGCUCCGGCAGAACCUCCUAUCCUCAGUCUUGCUGUUCUUGACGUGCCUUCUCUACACAUUCCACAAAUUGACUUGGCGGCUGACUCUGUGAAUGGAAUGGUGCCUGAGUCCAUGGGGUGUGAAUCCAGCAGUUGGACCAUGGUAGACAGAGAUGAAGAGCUUGAACAAGGUACUGAAGCCCUUGACUCAUUAAUGUCAGCAGGGUCAUCCAACUCUGCUAGUUGUGCUGGUCAACUGCCAAAUAUUAAUACAACAGGAGGGAAGAUUGGGGAUGCAGCACUUGUAUCUCAGGCCCAAAGUUCCUUCUCUGGUGAUUGCUCAAGCUCUGGUUUACGCAGUGCUGUGCUCCAAAGAGGUGGACUGGGGAACAAAAGGCAAGGAGAGGGAAGCGUGACCAUGACGAAUACAGCGGACAUAAAGAUCAUUCUCCCCGAGGGCUUCAACCCGCUCCAACCUUUGGAAGAGCUGGAGAAGUUAAAAAAUUUCCUGGUCAAAAGUCUGCAUGCCCAAGGUUCUUAUACUGAUGCCUCUGAGUGUGAGCUUUCAAUGAUUGAAACAUCAUUGUCUCUUACCAGGCUCUACCAAAGAGAUAUGCAGGCCCUUGGCGUCCUUAUUGCCGAAAUAUUUUACUCCUCCAAAAUCAGAGGCUUAAAAUCUGAUGCCACUCUCCAACAACGUUUCCACGCUGUGCUAAAAUUGUGCUCAGUUGGCUUCCGGGACAUUCCACUCUCUUUGCAUCACGCACUUGAGAAACUGCUGCAAAUUGAUAAUCACUCUGGAGUAGCACAAAGAGAAACAGGUCGGUGUCAGCGGCCACUUCUUUUCGACUAUGAUCCCAUCUGUGCAGGCCUGCCUGCUCCUAACCCUUCCCAGUUACUGAACCUAUUCAUUACUCCUUUUCCUUUCCCUUCCUACUUUGCUGCUCUUCAUCGCUUUAUUUUCUCUUACCACAGCAAGAUGGAGACUAUUUGUAGCCUUCAAGGAAGGGAAGUCGUUUUUCAACUGUGGCAACAAUUAGAAACACUACUACGAGCCAACGUCACAGCGGAAGGCCUUGAGAUACUCUUACCUUUCAUCUUGGCUCUCAUGCUUGAUGAGUCCACUGCCGUCUACGCGGCCUGGUAUAUGUUUGAGCCCAUCUCGAGAGUUCUGGGUCCCAGAAACGCGAACAAGUACCUUUUAAAGCCACUGGUCAAUGUCUAUGAAAAUCCCAACUGCCUGCGAGGACGUUUCUAUCUCUACACUGACUGUUUCGUCCUGCAGCUGAUAGUAAGACUUGGACUUCAGGCUUUCUUAUCUAACUUGCUUCCACAUGUUCUGUUGGUCCUUACCGGCUUUGAAAGCCGGACCUCCGACUCUGCCGGAGAACCUUGUAAAGGGAUGCAGAGUGCUUCUUGUACUCUGGGAGAGGAGGAGGAAGAGCGCUUUCAGGCGGGCGAUGUUCACCCUUCAACUGGAUCUGUUAGUGGGAACAUGGGCUGUGUCAGUGGUGCGAGUGGAGGUGUUGGGGUGGUUGGGGACACUGGUUUGGUUGACUAUUCCUCCGGCAUCAGUCUCAAUGACCAGGUUUUUCUCUCAGAGGCUGAAGACUUUCAGAAUGAAUUUUAUGUUAACAGCGCAGGGGGAGACAGCGGAAAACAGCCAGACCAUAACUCCGCUGCCAAGGACCAAGACCAUGAGUCUUUGAGUGUGGGAAAGCUUAGCGAUAAAAGCAGCGCUAGCGAACUCUCAUUAGGCGAUGGGGACUCCAUGCGAGAUCGAGCCAGUCUUAAAUCGGCUGACAGCAACCAGGAUCUAAAACUAGCCAGCGAAGGGGAGGAGGGAGCAGAGCUGGAUGAAGAGGAGGCAACGGAUGCUAAUGAUUGUAAAGUGGAAGCAGACGACCUUUCCACCACCAAGCAGGAGCUGUCUUUCUCUGCUUGCACAGAGGCUUCGGUAGCUACUGUUUCCACUCUACAGAGUGAGUUCAUGAAUGGAAUGGGACUGGAAGGGAGUGAGAAAGGGAUUAUGGAGGAGCAGGAAGAAGAGGGGGACCAGGAUCCUUCAGAGGAAUCACGCGCAAAGGAGCAAAAAAUCCUUCUAGAUACUGUCUGCAAAACCAUUCGGUGGCUCUCUGCCAAACUUGGACCGACAGUGACGUCUCGAUUUGUGGCCAGGAACCUACUACGAUUACUAACAAAUUGCUACAUCGGUCCAGAAAGCCAUUAUUUUAUAACUCCAAGCCCAGAAGAGAGUACUCUUGAGAGUGUGGGAAUGGGAAGCAUUUAUGAGAAGAGACCUGUGGUGGGCGACCAGACCGCUGCACCUGUACUGGACUGUCUCAUUUACAUUGCUCAACUUUAUGGUGAACCAGUCCUUACCUAUCAGUACCUACCCUACAUAGGAUAUCUGGUGUCUCCGCCAUCCUCGCAGCGUCUCAACACACGCAAGGAGGCCAGUUUGCUCGGCGCUGUUGCACUUACGCAGAAGAUAGUGGUCUUUCUCUCUGACACCACACUUAUGGACAUACUCAUGAAAAUUAACCAAGAUGUGCUAUUACCUCUCCUCGACCUGCUCACCAAUCCUCACAUGGGGUUCCCCAGUGGGGGGCAGACUCGCACCGUGGUGUGUCUCAAGACACUCAGCCUGAUGGCUCUCAUCUGCCUGCGCAUUGGAAGAGAGAUGGUGCAGCAGCACAUGGCCGACACGUUGCGCCGGUUCUUUGCCGUUUUCUCCCUGCUGCACUGUCUGCGGCCUCAGAUGGAGAGUGCGCCACGACGAGUUGUAGGGGAGGUCACAGUUGUGGUUGUUAGCACGCCUGAAGAGCCCAGUGUGACUUAUGAGUUGUCCAUCCUUGAGGAACUGCAAUCAGUGUUCAGCACAGAGAUGGCGCAUGCCUCAUACAUCCCAUUUUACUGUCUAAUUGGUGAUAUGGCAAUCCGGAAACUAGUUCCCAACCAUGAGCUGAUCUGGCAGUUGGCCUCCUCGUACCAUCAAAGCGUGAGUCACACAGCGUCAAGUAUAGACAUGCCUCCAUCCUCUUCUUUUGGUCCACGCAAGCCGGCAUGUUAUGGCCCCUUCCCCUCACCAUCUACGAGCUCCACCCCACUUGGGGACCCCCUCCCUGAGUCAGGAACCUUCGGGAGCCGUUUAGUAGGAAACCGAAUCCAGGUGUCCAGGGACUCGUACUUCGGUGGUAGUCCUAAUAUGACUUUAGGUGGCUCUUGGGGACAAACCAAUCAUAUCACCACCACCAUUAGCACCCCCUCUACUGUCAAUACUCCGUCCAUCAGUGCACUCCCUUUCUCCUCAUCCUGGGUAACGGGUCCCCCUCUGGAGGAUAGUGCCCUGAAGCAGGAGCUGGCUCGCAGUGGACGCUCCUUGCAGGGCAACUGGCUGGCCUACUGGCAAUACGAAAUUGGUCUAAACCAACAAGAUCCUCAUUUCCACUUUCAUCAGAUCCGUCUGCAAAGCUUCCCUGGUCACUCUGGUGCGACCAAAUGUUUGGCAUCGUUAGCAGGAGAGGAUUACUUCCUUUCUGGGGGUAAAGAUAAAACUGUGAAGCUGUGGCCCCUCUAUAAUCAUGGCGAUGGCACACAGGAAAUUGAGCCCAGGCUAACAUAUACAGACCAUAAGAAGUCUGUAUUCUAUGUUGGACAACUGGAAGCCUCACAGGAGGUGGUUAGCUGCGACGGAACGGUACACCUUUGGGACCAGUAUACUGGGAGACGGAUCCGCUCGUAUGAAGCAGUGGAUGGAAAGAAUCCAAUUACAGCCGUCACCACCAUGCCUGCUCCACACUGCAGCGUCGUGUUCGGAAGCGCAGACUCAGUCCUCCGCUUCAUUGAUCCUCGCAAACCGGGGCUGCAGCAUGAAUUUCGGCUGGCGUACAACAACUUAAGUGCCGGGCUGAUCCGAUACCUGGCUGUCAGCCCAACGGGACGCACUGUAGCAGCAGGGUUCUCGUCUGGGUUCAUCGUUAUGCUUGAUGCGCGCACAGGACUGGUUCUAAGAGGCUGGCCUGCUCACGAGGGAGACAUCCUCCAAAUGAAGGCGACAGAAGGCAACUUGGUAAUCAGCUCAUCCACCGACUACACCCUCGCCGUGUGGAAAGACCUAGAACACAAGCCCCUCCGCCAGUACAAGUUGCAGUCGGACCCUGUCCACGCGCUGGAUUUCUACGGCUCUGAGAUCGUGACGGGCACCAUGGCCAACAAGGUGGGCGUGUACUCGAUGGCGGACAUCUCACUGAGCCCCAUCAGCAGUACCAAACUGAGCACCGAGAACUUCCGCGGUACGCUCACCAGCCUGGCUGUGCUGCCCACCAAGAGGCUCCUGCUGCUGGGCUCGGACAAUGGAGCCAUCCGCUUACUUGCUUGAUUAUCAAUGAGUUACCUGAACAAGCACCUCUCUAUAGAAAAUAUUCACUUAUAACAAGUCUUGUUCAUUUUUAAAAGCAUUUUGGGCAUCAGAUGAUUCUAUCUUAAUUAUAUUAGGACCUGUUCCAAAGGACUUGCUCAGGGACCACAUUUGUUGUCUCUUUCCAAAGGGGGUUGGCAAACUACAGCCCGUGGACAAUAUGCAGCCUGUGAGAGCAUUGGAUGCAAUUCUAAACACAAAUAAAACCUCAGAGGAAAUAUUUAAAAACAAACAAACAAAAAAGAAGCCCCAAAAUUAUAUAACCCACUAAUGCUUAUUAUGUAACGAAUAAUGAAUUAUACACAAUUCAAUCAUGUUUUUGUCAUAUAUUUCGUAUAGCCCACAAUUGAUAUUGGCACAUUUACCCACACAAAAAAGCAAGUUUUACUUUCCCUUUAAUGUAUGUCCAAUGCAAUGAUUAAACUAUGCAGUACCUGUUGAUCAAAUCUUCAUUUUGUGUGAUAUUAGGUUGUCUUUUGUUAAUAGGGAAAAAAUGUAUAGUCUGCCUUGUGCAGCCUCUAAAAGUGCAGUCACAUAAGCAUUUGAAUUGAAAGGCAGAUUUUAAUCCACUUUUUUGUGUGUUUUCUGAAUAGUAUUGACCGCCAAGAUUUUGUACUCUUAACAUUUUUAUGAAAAGACAUACAGUAUAUCAUUCAUUAAAGGUUAAUUCUUGCACAGAAAAUUCUCUGUUCACUCUUAAUACUGUCUGGGGUUCACUUCAAAGCUUUCUUUGUGUGCUUGACCUGCCUAUUGUAUUUUUCUAAUGUCAGUGUACUGUUUUCCACUCUUGCUGAAGGUCAGUAAUCAUGAAUUCACCCAGUUGUGUGUUUUAAAGUCACAUUAGUAGUUGCGUAUUGACGGAGAAGUAACUGAUAACUUAUUAUUAUUUCGGUAAAUUAAAAGCCUCAAUGUGCUGUUUGUGUAUGUCAAUUAUUCCCACUCAGGCUGAAUCAUUGGACAAAGUCCUCCGCCAUAUUUGCAGAGAUGAAUCACGUGUUCCAUUAUAUCGAUACUACAUAAAUAGGACAUGUACUAAUUGAGAAAUGGAUAUCAUGACCAUUAAAUGAAAUCGAGUGUUCCCUUCUGUUCACGGAGUACCCAGUCAUUUCUAGGAAAAAUCCAAUGUGAUUCAACAUGUUUGUUCCAACGCAAUAAAAGCCUGCGUUUUAUUUAGUUUACCAUUUGAGCUGUCGCAUUUCAGAGGAAGAGACAAAAAGAUAAUACGAUUUGGACUGAAUAUUGGUCAUCUACUUUAAGUCUGUGAUGCUUAGAUAUUUAACUGCACAGGGCUAAGAGUGCUGCAUUUACAAACAAAUACACUCAAAUGAGGCCCCAAUCAAUGGAGGUUGAUCUUUAACCAAAUGCUGUGCGAUUGCCAAUCUUUGACUCUCAGGAAUUCUGCCAUCCACACUCAGUCGCUCUUUUUUUUGGUCAAGACGCCAGCUUUUUUUUUUUUUUUUUUAAAUA